UAUUGUAAUUUUGGGAGGGAAAUUGAUCUCCUGUUUUCAGGUAAUUUAUGAUGGUGUUGAAUAAAUUAUGUGUUACAUUUAUAAUUAUGUAGAAGCUGUUGUCUGUUCCUAGUUGCGGGGUUAUAUUUGACUUUUUUUUUUUUUAAAUCAUCUUUUUCUUGGUAUUCUUAAUGCCAUCGUUGUAAUCUGAAGAUGAUGUACAGAUCACUUUCACUCUUUGCUAACCUAGCGAAUAUGCCGUCAAAAAGAACACAAAGCUGGACGGCCGGUGUGUGUUCGGCAGGCAAGAUGAGCUCGAAGCGGACAGCGGCGAGGAAGGAGGUCUCCGACGGUGAGGACGAGACCCCGGCACCUCCGCGGAGCUCCAAGAGGCAGCAGAUGGCUGCCGACCUCAAAGAGGCGGAGGAGCAGCGAGAAAGCGAGUCCGAAGAUGCCAACGGAGAAGGCGACGGGCCGAAGAGAAAGCAGGCGACCAAACCGGACCCGAAGCCGCCCGGGAAAGCGGCAAAGACGGACGGGAAGAUGAACAAGACGGACAGCGACUUCGGGGCCAUGGACUUCUCCAGCAGGUCGGAGACGAAGGACGGGAAGGCGUGGAACAUGAAGAUCUCGUCGUGGAACGUGAGCGGGCUGCGGGCGCUGAUCAAGAAGAACGGCCUGGACUUCCUGAAGCACGAGGACCCGGACGUGUUCUGCAUGCAGGAGACCAAGUGCUCGACCCAGAAGCUGCCCCCGGAGGCGAUCGUGGACGGCUACCACAAGUACUGGUGCGCGGCCGACAAGGAGGGCUACUCCGGGACGUCCGUCUUCAGCAAGGCCAAGCCGCUGAGCGUGGCCUACGGCCUGGGGGCGAAGGAGCACGACUCGGAGGGCCGGCUGAUAACGGCGGAGUACGACCAGUUCUACCUGGUGAACGUGUACGUGCCUAACUCUGGCCGGGGGCUGGUCACGCUCCCCAAGAGGAUGAAGUGGGACGAGGCCCUGAGGGCGCACCUCCGCAAGCUGGAGGCGAAGAAGCCGGUGAUCCUGUGCGGGGACCUGAACGUGGCCCACGAGGAGAUCGACCUGGCCAAUCCCAAGACCAACACCAAGAACGCCGGCUUCACCCGGGAGGAGCGCGACGGCAUGACCGCGCUCCUGGCCGAGGGCUACGUGGACUCGUUCCGGCACUUGUACCCGGACCGCGCGGGCGCCUACACCUUCUGGGCGUACUUCGGCAACGCCCGCGCCAAGAACGUGGGCUGGCGCCUCGACUACUUCGUCGUGUCGGAGAAGCUGCUCGGGAACCUGUGCGACAGCGUCAUCCGCAGCGACGUGUACGGGAGCGACCACUGUCCCAUCACGCUGCUCCUCAACGUCUGAUGACCCCACUGAGACUGCAUCCUUCCCUCAUGAGAACAUUUCUUUUGCUAUUUGUCAGUGUUUACCUCAGUAAAGUGUUUGUUCAUAAAAA